CUUGAUAAAAAUGAAGAAAUUGCUAAUAACUCUGCCGUGUUUUGUUCUACUUUACUUAAAUGUAGAAUCAUUUCAACCUAGCCAUUCUCGUCAUAAAAGAACAAUUUUCCAACUAUGUGGGUUGAUAAAUUACUAUACAGGAAUAUCAUGCUGGAACUAUAAUGAUUAUGGUUGUUUCUGUGGACUGGGAAAUUCUGGUCACAAACCUGUAGAUAAUUCUGAUGCAUGUUGUAGAAAACAUGAUAACUGCUAUGGAAGAUUAAAUUGUUAUUGGUAUUAUCCUCAAUGGAUUGGCUAUGAAAUAGAUUGUAAUAAUUCUACAUGUGCUUGUCAAGACGAUCCUGUUGAUUAUGCCUGUGCUCGUUCAGUUUGUGAAUGUGAUCUACGACUAGCACAAUGUCUACGAGAUGCAUCACCAACAUACAAUGAACACUAUAAAAACUAUGACAGAGUUUUAUGUCGACCAAGAAGAAGACGAAAAUAACCACAACGUAUCAAUCGUUGACAAAAUAAGAAUAUGGUAAUCAAUCAAAAUGGGAUUUUUUCAAUGUAUACUUAACACAUUAAAGAGAUUGUAAAUGUUUUCAAAAUUUUUGAUGACGUCAGUAAUCGCGAAGAGCCUUAGGUCUAUGUUAUAAUUUUGCGAUUAGUGACGUCAUCAAACACUUAAUUUUAGCUGAAUUGCAAGGACCUCAGACAUCUGAUUGAAAAUUGGAAUGGUGCAAGUUGAUGCUAACAUCGUCACCGAUACACAUACAAAAUUUUGAAAACCUCUACAAUCAAUUUAACAUCUAGAUGAGCCACUGCAUGCACC